GCUGCGCACGGCCACAGACGGUCCUCCAGCUCCGUGCGCCACGGUACGAAGAUGGUCGGCGGCGUGUGCGCUCGCAGGUUGGCCCGCCGGUCACGGUCCGCCCUGAUAGUGGCCCUCACGGUGCUGCUGGUCCAGACGCUCAUAGUGUGGAACUUCAGCAGCCUCGACUCCGGCGAAGAGAGGGAGAACGGAGGCUCCAACGUGCGGCAGAAGAGGGACCGGGUGGCGGGCAACAAAGCCGCCGGCAGCGACUAUUUCCAGCACGGGGUCCAGCAGCAGCCACGGCAGCAUCUUCCUCCGCCUGGGAAGGGGACGUCUCGCCACAUACAGCAGCCGGACGGGUACUACUCCCACCGGCCGAAGGAGAAAAGUAGAGUGGACAGCAACAACGAGAACUCUGUGCCCAAAGACUUUGAGAAUAUUGACAAUAGUAACUUCGGUGCACGCUCACAGCCGCAGCGGCAGUCUGUAGGCGCCACUGGCAGCAAGCAGCAGCGGGAGCAACUGCAGGAGAAAGCCCACGCCCAGCGGCAGACCCGGCGGGACAACUCCCCGAGUCGGGGUCGGAGCUCAAACGAAGUUUUGCCGGUAGGCCACCAGCCUCCAGCGGUGGGCAACAACGCCUCCUACGCGGGCGGUCGAGGCGGAGCGGGAGGGUCACAGCAACACGACCGCGCCCAGCAGGCCCAGCAUGCCCAGCAUAGACAUCAGCACCCGCACAAGAGGCAAGAAGCUGCGGCGCCGCUGGGGGUGACCUACGAUGAGCCGCCAAAGUGCGAGAUCAGCGGGAAGGAAGCCAAUUCGGCUCUGUCCAGAGUCAAGAGCAAAGAGUGCCGGCAACAGAUUGCCGAGGUGUACUGCCGACACAAGGAAGGGCAAUUAAUGCCAGAGACAGUCACUCGCUUCUGCCCCCUCGAGGGUAAAGCCAAUGUUAAUGUCCAGUGGGAUGAGGACUCUGCUGAGAGCUUUCCAUCAAAACCAGUCAGAAUAGCGUUUGUCUUGGUGGUCCAUGGACGAGCCUCUCGCCAGUUUCACCGCCUCUUCAAAGCCAUCUACCACACCUCGCACUACUACUACAUACAUGUGGAUCAGCGCUCUAAUUACCUGCACAGACAGGUGCUCUCCUUGGCUGCGCAGUAUCCGAAUGUGAGGGUGACACCCUGGCGUAUGGCCACCAUCUGGGGAGGGGCCAGUCUACUAACCAUGUAUCUACGCAGCAUGGCUGACCUGCUGGCCAUGAGGGACUGGAGCUGGGAUUUCUUUAUCAACCUCAGUGCUGCCGACUACCCCAUCAGGACCAACAGCCAGCUGGUAGCCUUCCUGUCCAAAUACAGAGACAUGAACUUCAUCAAGUCCCACGGCAGGGACAACGCCAGGUUCAUCCGUAAGCAGGGCCUGGAUCGUCUGUUCUUUGAGUGUGACACACACAUGUGGAGGCUGGGUGACCGCAAAAUCCCAGAAGGCAUCUCGGUGGAUGGUGGGUCCGACUGGUUCCUUCUCAACCGCGUGUUCAUCGAAUACGUCAUCAACUCCCAGGACGACCUUGUCAUGAGCAUGAAGCGCUUCUACGCGUACACUCUGCUGCCAGCCGAGUCGUUCUUCCACACGGUGCUGGAGAACAGCGCCCAUUGUGAGAGCAUGGUGGAUAACAACCUGCGCAUCACCAACUGGAACCGCAAACUGGGCUGUAAGUGCCAGUACAAGCACAUCGUCGACUGGUGCGGAUGCUCCCCGAAUGACUUCAAGCCUGCAGACUUCCACCGUUUCCAGCAAACGGUGCGGCCUACCUUCUUUGCCAGGAAGUUUGAAGCCAGCGUGAACCAGGAGAUCGUGAACCAGCUGGACGCCUACCUGUUUGGAUCGUUUCCCCAGGGAACGCAGAGCUUAAACUCGUACUGGGAGAACAUGUACGACGAGCCAGAUGGCGUUGCCAGCCUGUCGGACACGCAUCUGACGUACUUCCACUCCUUCUCUCGGCUGGGCCUGGCCCGAGCUGCCGCCUCGCUGCAAGGAAACCCAAAUGAUCACAGCUGCAGGUACUUCCCUAUGGGGCACCCGGUGUCGGUCCAUCUCUACUUCCAGUCAGACCAGUUCCAGGGCUACCUGGUCAAGCACCAUGCCACCAAUCUGGCGACUAGCAAGCUGGAAACCAUGGAGACCUGGGUGGCACCCAAGAAGAACUUCAAGCUAUCUUCCCCUCUUAGCAGCACAUUCAGCAGGUUGCAAUUCGCUGAGAUCGGUACCGAGUGGGACCCCAAAGAACGUCUGUUCAGAAACUUUGGCGGCCUGAUGGGCCCAAUGGACGAGACGGUGGGCAUGCAGAAGUGGAGCAAGGGCCCUAACGUCACGGUCACAGUCGUGUGGAUCGACCCCACCAACGUCAUCGCGGCCACCUACGACAUUCUGAUCGACGCCAGCGCCGAGUUCACCCACUACCGCCCGCCUCUAAAUCAGCCUCUGCGGCCCGGCGUGUGGAGCGUCCGCAUCCUGCACCACUGGAGCCCCGUGGCUGAGAUGCACUUCCUUAUUGCCCCGUUAGCCUACAACAAGCACCAGCCUAUACAACAAGAGGACACGCUGAAGCACCACAACGGGCCAGUGAAGAGCAGCUACAUGGAGCAGAGCUUCCAUGGCCUCAACCCAGUGCUCAACAUCCCAGUCAGUCCGGGACUUGUGGAGCAGGCCCGGAGGAACGCGGCACUGACCGGCCCGGAACUGGAGCGCUGGCUGGACAGCCUGGUGGGCGAGCUGUGGGAGGCGGCCGACGUCUGCGCGGUCGGCCGAACCGCCUGCCCCGUCAUGCAGGCCUGCCCCAAGAACCCUUGGAGCUCCCUGAGCCCGGACCCGAAAGCCCACCUGGGAACGCCGCGCGCAGACGGGCGCAUCAGGUAGCGCCGAGGCCUCCAGCUGGACGGGAGGCCUCGGCGCGCCAGAGUCACUGUCGAUCUUUUAUUUAUUUGAGGGGGGGUUUAUGCAGGUGAAUUAAGGUAAAGUGUUCUUCCUUCGUUUCUGGAGAAGAUGAAAAAAAAAGAAAAAAUGGAUAUUUUAUGGGGGGGUUGGUGAUGAUUUUUAGAACUCCCAUGGGGUUCCUCCUUUUAGGGGAUUAUGCUGGCUUUGCUAUUUCAGUUUCUCGUGUAUUUAUUUCUCUUCUCAUGGCUGAGUUUUACUGUGAUCAAACGUUGCCAUUUUCGAGCAUUUAUUUUGCUGCUGAAUGAAAUAUGAAGUCAGCUUUGAAAGCCCUGCACAGGGCCCAGAGGUCAUGUGAUGCUGGUCGCAGACAGAGUUCUGCCGCUAAAAAAGCCUUAGCUGUAAGACCUACACGACGAGGCAGCCUGGUACUGGAUUAAAUGUAUGUAUCCACAUAAACCAUAAACUAAACAAGACGAUAUCUGACUGUUCCGAUACAACGAACUUCCAAUAAAAGCUUUUUUUGAUUAGGCUCAAAUGCAGCCCCUAAAAGGCAGUAUUAAAGUGGAGUAACUUUAAAUAGUGAAUAUUCUAAGUAGUACUGAAGCCAAUUACUUAGAUAGUUCAACCGAAUCGGUUGAAUGAAUCAGUAACAGCAGCACCGAUCGGUGCCUGCUGUUACUGAUUCCGGCUGAUCGUUUGCUGCGGUCACAUUUCAUAAAUAGAGGAUAAAGAGAAAUGCAAAUACUGAGGCCUUUUUAGGAAUAAUUACAUUUAUUGGGAAUACAAUAUCAAUUUGAUGGAGACAUCGUUCAUAAAUGCUUCAUUUGUGGCUGUGGGGUGAAGUAUUAUGAGACUUAACAUUUGCAUAGAUUAGGUCUAUUUAAUAAAACCUGGAUGUUGGUGUUCUUACCAACAUGCCUCAAACUUAAAAUUCUCAUUCAUGUUUUCUGUGUUUUACUUCAUUUCAGUCUUUUGAGUGACACUUUAUGAUUAUACAAAAAGUCUUAAAAAAUUGUGGGAAUGAGAGGGGGUGAGUCCACGAGUCGCUAUUUAUUUAUACGUUUAUAUUAAUACUGAUAUUUUUAGUCAGUGACUAAAUAACUGCGACGCUGCCUUGGCAGCAUGAUAAAUAUUUUUUUUUCGUAAAGAAAGCUGCCUUUAUUUACAAAGGCCUACACCCCAAACUUAUACUGUUCCUUUAUGUGGCCCGCACCUGUGUGUUAGUCAGUGGUGUCCUGUCUGAAUAGAUCUACUUGUCUUGGUUUCUUAAAUGGCUGCUUGCCAAGUGCAUCACAUGAGGCCGGAGGUCGGAGGUCAGAGGUCAGCUACACCUAACAACCUCACUAAACAGCAAAGGGGCACAAUAAACACUCUUCAUGACCGACCACAUUGGGCAACUUCUGGAUGGAAAGAGAAACUCUGCUCGUUGGUGUUGACGCUGUGACGAUAAUGUACAAUUUCACGUGAAUAUAACAUUGUGUGUUGAUGCAAAAUGAAUCAUUUCCUCGAUCGACUUCAUCAACAUGUGAAGUACUUUUUCUGCCACCAAGACAAUCUCUGGACAUUUGAGACAAGUCCAUUUUUACUUAAAGUAGCUCUGUUCCACGACACAUCCUGAUCACGCUCGCAUAUUUACCUUACUCCGAAAUAAGUUUCAUCUGAAGCCAAUGAGGAGUUCAAUCCGUGAUUGACAACAUUGUUUGGCCACCACACGAGUGAGUCUCAGUGUAAGAGACAUUAUUGUUCAUUAAUGCUGGGUUCACCCUGCCUCGCUGUCCGAGCAGUCCUUCCCUCUUAAACACGUUUCUUGUUGUAAAGGCAAUUUAGUUUUUUCACAUGCCGGCUUCUGCUGCCACUGUUUAACUUAUAGUGCCACCAUGCUCAGAACAAUACUUCACAUGAUGAAUAUUAUUACGUAAGCUCAACGCAGUUUUGGAAAAAGGUGAAUUAAAGAAAUGUAACUCAAUGUGGAAGUCCUAUUUUGUAACAAAAUGAUUAACAAAUGAAUAAGAUGUACAUAUGGUAUUUUGUAUUCAAAUAUUGUUUAAACGGUAUUGUACAUGUAAAUACAGAUGUAGUAAAAUUACUUGGAAUUAUUAAGAGUUUUUGAGGUGUCAAUAACUGGGCACAAAGAGUGAAUUGAUGGUGUUUAUUGAUCAAAGUACAUAAACUCGUUUGAGUGUUUUUGGAAGGCUGUGACAACAACCUUGUCCCGUUUGCCUCUCAGAGAAAAUAACAUCCCAGAUUGUUGUUGUUCUUGCUGGAAUGUAUUGUUGAGCAACUGUUGCACAAAUUUCUCUGAACUGAGAUUUCCCCCAUUAUUUUGUUCUGGGGAGGCUCUGUGUGCCUUAGCUGACUUUAAGAACUUUCUCUGUCUAUUAAGAUAUAACAGUUCUUGUUUUGUUUUUUUUAAUUUAUGUGAAGAAUACCACAAGUUUCGAGUGAUUCACUGGUACUUCAACACCAAAAGAUGUCUGCUGUUGUAUAUAGCAUCAGGCCUUCUGUCUUUAUCAGCUUUUAUUUUGCAUUUUCUUCCCAAUGGGGGAUUUGUUUUGUUGUACUUGACUGGCUUGUCUUACUUUUCUCUGACUUUUUUGGAAAUAAAAUGAUAUGGAAAA